GACAUUCUGAUCUCGUGCUUCACGUUUUCGGUAGCCUUGGCUUAAAAAUCCUAUGAAACAGAAAUCUCAUUGACAUAGAUGGUCCAAGGAUUUUCAAGUAGACAGGAUCAUCACAGAAACUCAGGAAGAUGCAUACUGGUGAUGAAUCUUUUAGAUGUGAAGUCUGUGGGAAGACAUUCAGUCAGACAGGGCACUUGCAGACACACAUGAAGACGCAUACUGGUGAUAAACCUUAUAAAUGUGAUGUCUGUGGAAAGGCAUUCAGGCAGACAGGGCAUGUAAAAGCACACAUGAAGACACAUACUGGUGAUAAACCUUAUAAAUGUGAUGUCUGUGGGAAGGCAUUUAGGCAGUCAGGAAACUUGCAGACACACAUGAAAACACAUACUGGUGAUAAACCUUAUAAUUGUGAUAUCUGUGGGAAGGCAUUUAGGCAAACAGGAAACUUGCAGACACACAUGAAGACGCACACUGGUGAAAAACCUUAUAAAUGUGAUGUCUGUGGGAAGGCAUUCAGUCAGACAGGAAGCUUGAAGACACACAUGAAGACACAUACUGGUGAUAAACCUUAUGAAUGUGAAGUCUGUGGGAAGGCAUUCAGUCAGACAGGAAGCUUGCAGACACACAUGAAGACACAUACUGGUGAUAAACCUUAUGAAUGUGAAGUCUGUGGAAAGGCAUUCAUUCAGACAGGACACUUGCAGGCACAUGUGAAGACACAUACUGGUGAUAAACUUUAUAAAUGUGAUACCUGUGGAAAGGCAUUCAGUCUGAGAGGAAUCUUACAAAAACACAUGCAAACACAUAUUGGUGAUAAACCUUUUAAUUGUGGUGUCUGUGGGAAGGCAUUCAGUCAUACAGGAGACUUGUACAAACACAUGAGAACACACACUGGUGAUAAACCUUAUAAAUGUGAUGUUUGUGGGAAGGCAUUCAGUCAGACAGGAAACUUGCAGACACACAUGAGGACACACACCGGUGAUAAACCUUACAAAUGUGAAGUCUGUGGAAAGGUAUUCCGUCAUAGAAUAACCUUACAGAAACACAAAGGAAUGCAUACUGGCGAGUAUUAGGUUACUAGAUAGGUCAUGGCAGGAAUAUUUUUCAAAAUCUAAAAACUGAUUAAUUGACCUUACAAAUGUGAUGUUUGUGGGGAAAGAGUUCAAAGUAACAGGAAACUUACAGACGCACAUGAGGACACAUUACUGGUGAUAGAAAGUUUCCUUAUGAAUGUGAUGUAUGUGGGAAGGCAUUCAGUGGAAUGGGACUCUUGCAGACACACAUGAGGACAUAUACUGGUGAUAAGCCUUAUAUAUGUGGUGUGUGUGGGAAGGCAUGGAGUCGGAAAGAAAGCUUACGGAGACAUUUGUCGAUGCAUACUGGUGAUCAAUGUGAAGUCUAUGGAAAUGAUUUUGAUCAUACACAUGGACAGGAUACAUGUACUUGCAUACACAUCUAAGGAUUUGUACUGUGAUGUGAAAUGUGUGGGAAGAUGUUUGAAGUAAGGAAGGACAGUCACACAAAUCCCUUAGGGUUAUGGGUUAGAAUGGAUCUUCAGUAACCCAUACUUGUAAGAGGCAACUGAAUGGGGCGGUCCUUUGGAUGAAAUGGCAAAAUCCGAGGUCCCGUGUCACAGCUGGUAUGGCAUGAUAAAGAUACCUCUCUGCUUAAAGGCCAUAAGGAUUUAAUGGAGACGUCAUCAUUGCUGGUGAAGGAUUGCAAAAUUUAUGCAUAUAUGCUCAGCAAUUACGGUCUUCGAGGAGGGAGGGAUCUUUAUUGUGUCACACCUACUGUGAUUUAAGGCCUUGGUUUUUACCGUCUCAUCCAAUUAACUGGGUGCCACCAGAUAGCUGAAAAACAGCAAAACAAAACAAAAACCACCCCGUUCAGUGACCUCUUAUGACACGCAAGGGCUCUUGAGGACUUAUUCUAACCCUGAUGCCUAUGGGAUCAUAAUGGUUUUAAACCUUUAGGCUUAUCGUGAUAAACCUAGUGAUUUCAUGGGGAGACAUUCAUGUAGUCAUGCAGGAAACUUACACAAAGGUUAUAAAUGUGAUGUCAAAAGUGUUUAAUGUGAAUGUCAAUACUGUUGAAUGCAUGGCUCGAACUCAUGACCUCCUAGUUAUCAGUUGGAUAUCUCUGUGAUGAUUGCGGAUUUAUAAACCGUAUCAUAUUAAACAGGUGUUAUAUUAAACAGGUGUUAUAUUAAAUAGGUAUUAUAUUAAACAAGUAUCAUAUUAAACAGGUAUCAUAUUAAACAGGUUCUACUAUAUUAUAUCGUUUGGUCCUUUCAACGAGGCUAGCUGAAUCAUGUCAUCAACUUCAGAAUACUCUCCAAAACAGACCAAUAGGCAAUUAUGUAUUCUUAUGUUGCAGAAAUCCCAUUGACAGAGGCAAACUACGGUUUUCAAGUGGACAGGCUCAUCUCAGAAACACACAAAGAUGCAUAAUGGUGAUGAAUCUUUUAGGUUUGAUGUCUGUGGAAGGGUAUUCAGUGAGACAGAAACAUUACAGACACACAUGAAGACACAUACUGGUGAUAAUCCUUAUAAAUGUGAUGUCUGUGGGAAGACAUUCAGUCAGACAGGACACUUGCACAAACACAUGAGGAUACAUACUAGUGAUAAACCUUAUAAAUGUGAUGUUUGUGGGACGGCAUUCAAUCAAUCAGGACACUUAUAUAGACACAUGAGGAUACAUACUGGUGAUAAUCCUUACAAAUGUGAUGUUUGUGGGAAGGAAUUCAAUCGUGCAGGAACAUUACACCGACACAUGAGAAUACAUACUGGUGAUAAACCUUAUAAAUGUGAUGUUUGUGGGACGGCAUUCAAUCAAUCAGGACACUUAUAUAGACACAUGAGGAUACAUACUGGUGAUAAUCCUUACAAAUGUGAUGUUUGUGGGAAGGAAUUCAAUCGUGCAGGAACAUUACACCGACACAUGAAGAUACAUACUGGUGAUAAACCGUAUCAAUGUGAUGUCUGUGGAAAGGAAUUCAAUCAUAUGGGAAACUUACAGAAACACAUGAGGACACAUACUGGUGAUAAGCCUUAUAUAUAUGUGAUGUGUGUGGGAAGGCAUGGAGUCGGAAAAAAAGCUUACAGAGACAUAUAUCGAUGCAUACUGGUGAUCAAUGUGUAGUCUAUGGAACUGUUUCUGAUCAUACACAUGGAUAGGAUACUUGCUUACACAUCUGAAGAUUCCUACUGCCAUAUGAAAUCUAUGGAAUAUGUUUGAACUAAGAAAGGACACUGAGGAUUAUUCACAUGAGGACAUAUAAUGGUGAUAAACCUUAUCAAUAUGUUGUAUGUGGGAAGACAUUCAGUCAGACAGGAACUUGCACAAAGGUUGUAAAUGUGAUGUUAAAAGUGUUUGAUGUGAAUGUUAAUGCUGUUGAAUGCACACAUGAGGAUACGUAUUGUAAUAGUUUUAUUUUUCAAUACACACAUGGGGAUAAAUGUU